GCGUGGGGUCACCGUGCGGGUUUGUGACUUCUUCCCCCGCUCUCGGCCGCCCUGUGCAGAUCUCAGGAAGCAGGCGAGGCAGCUGGAGAACGAGCUGGACCUGAAGCUGGUCUCCUUCAGCAAGCUCUGCACCAGCUACAGCAGCACCCGAGACGGAAGGCGCGACAGCUCUGACACAACUCCUCUCUUAAAUGGAUCAAGCCAAGACAGAAUGUUUGAGACCAUGGCUGUGGAGAUUGAACAGCUUCUGGGAAAGCUUACUGGAAUAAAUGACAAAAUGGCAGAAUAUACAAAUAGUGCAGGAGUCCCGUCCCUGAAUGCUGCACUGAUGCAUACGUUACAGCGUCAUAGAGACAUAUUGCAGGAUUAUACGCAUGAAUUCCACAAAACCAAAGCGAACUUCUUGGCAAUACGAGAAAGGGAGAAUCUGUUGGGAUCAGUACGAAAAGAUAUCGAAUCAUACAAAAGUGGGUCUGGCGUGAAUAACAGAAGAACAGAGCUAUUCCUGAAGGAACACGAACACCUUCGAAACUCAGAUCGACUGAUAGAAGAAACAAUAAGCAUUGCCAUGGCAACUAAAGAAAAUAUGACUUCGCAGAGAGGGAUGUUGAAGUCAAUACAAAGCAAGAUGAAUACCUUGGCUAAUCGGUUUCCAGCAGUGAACAGCCUGAUUCAAAGGAUCAACCUUCGGAAACGACGAGAUUCCCUCAUCUUGGGUGGCAUUAUUGGCAUCUGUACCAUCUUGCUGCUGCUAUAUGCUUUUCAUUGAUGGAUGUUCCCCCAUGGACUCUGCUAAACUCAUCACCACGAUCCCUCGCCGCCCAGUCAAGGAAAAGUGAGUGGGGGAAGCAACAGACUUCAAACAGCCCGCUCGUCAUGGCUGGGACUAUCAGCAUGAUGUCUAGAGCUUACGAUGGUAGACUGUGACACUGGGUUUGGGUUGAAGCUGCAGUGUUUCUCCUUCCCUGCCAUACAUCUUCCUUUGGUUAAAUUUUGUAGGAUUUGUUUGUCUUUAAUUCCCUUUCUCACCACAAGGUAAGUAAAUAUGGGACACCUACCAGAACUGGUAGAACAGUGGCUGUGAUGAGCGGUGCUGGGGAGGUCCGUUGUCGGCUGGUAAGUGGGAA